AUGCCUCCAAGAACAAAGAGAAUUAGUAACAGCACUACUAGUGCCUCACGAACACCAUUACUGGACGAGACACAACGUCUUAUAAAUUCUUUUUUAUUAGAUAAUAAUGUAGCAGGGCCUGACAGAAUAGAAGACGCGAUAACACUGCAAGAAUUUAUUAGUUAUUUUCCUCGGAAGCAUAGGACAAAUCCCAAGGUUAAACUUUUACAUAAAGAGUUUUGCACGUUUCGAAGAGGACUCUCGACCAAAGUUCAAGAGAAUAUCAAAAUCCAUUUUGAUAGUAAAAGAGAGUGUGGUAAUAUAGGGCAAACAAAUGAAGACAAUGAAAAUGAUGCCGACGACGACGACGCGGAAGAUCCAAUGGAUUUGGAUGAUGAAGAGUUUAGAAAAAAUGUAAGAUGA